UAGAGACAGAAUCAUAUACCAACUUUUAGAUUCGUAGAUUUUUGAUAAAAUUGACUAAGUAAGAUACGACAAUGGCGUCCUUUGUCUUUGUGAUAUCUCUUCUUCUUCUCUCUCUUUCUUCGGCUGUUUUCUCCGAUGACGUGGCUUUCCAGAAACUUCCUGUGCCCGGAAAGAGGUCAGGCCCUGAAUCUUUCGCCUUUGAUCCCACCGGCAAAGGUUUCUACACCGGUGUCUCCGGUGGUAAAAUCCUCAAGUAUACUCCCGAGAAUGGUUUUGUUGAUUUUGCCCAGAUGACGAAAUCCUCGAACUCGAAAUGGUGCAACGGAGUAUUAGGAGCCGCUUUCGCCGGAAAGUGCGGUCGACCAUCUGGAAUAGCCUUAAACAGCAAAACAGGUGAUCUUUACGUCGCCGAUGCUCCGUUGGGUCUUCACGUUAUCUCUCCCGCCGGAGGUUUGGCCACAAAGAUCGCCGACAGUCUUGACGGAAAGCCCUUCAAGUUUCUAGACGGUCUUGACGUUGAUCCCACCACCGGCGUCGUCUACUUUACUUCCUUCAGCUCCAAGUUUGGCCCACGCGAAGUUUUAAUAGCAGUGGGGUUAAAAGACGCGAGCGGAAAGCUCUUCAAAUACGACCCAGCGACCAAAACUGUGACUCAGUUAAUGGACGGUCUAAGUGGUGGAGCUGGUUGCGCCGUGAGCUCAGAUGGUUCGUUCGUUUUGGUCAGCGAGUUCAUAAAGAGUAACAUCAAGAGAUAUUGGAUUACAGGACCCAAAGCUGGAACUUUCGAAGACUUCUCAAACCUUGUCUCGAACCCCGACAACAUCAGGAGGUCAGCUUCUACCGGAAAUUUCUGGGUCGCCUCCGUCGUGAACAAGGUUGUCGUGCCUACCGACCCUAAGGCGGUCAAGAUAGACUCCAAUGGAAAAGUGCUUCAGACCAUUUCUCUCAAGAAUGAGUUUGGGAAUACUUUGCUUAGUGAAGUCAACGAGCUCAACGGCCAUCUCUAUAUCGGAACUCUUACCGGACCCUUCGCCGGAAUCAUGAAACUUUAAAUUGGUUAUUACUUAUAACGUUGUUUGGUCAUUACCAUUUUUGAAAUCAUUGAUAUUUUCUCUCUUAGUCCUUAAUAAAGUUAUAACCUCAAAUUUCCUGCCUAAUAUGGGGUUGAUGACACAUUUGUUUCUAGUUUUUAAGUCUUGCUC